CACUAUCUCUUUCCCUUUCCUGUCAGGUGAUGGCUUUGGAUGCAUGGCUGUGGGUGCUGGGUCUCCUGGCUUGGCCGGUCUGGGUGUGCUCAUUGAGAAUGCCUUGCACUUUGCAGAGCAGAUCAACCACUGGGAAGCUGUACAAGGAGGGCGAUGUGAUUCUUGGGGGUCUGUUUCCUGUUCACUGGGAAGCUCCUGCACCUGACCUUACGUUCACCCAAAGAAAGGAAGGCCUCUGUAAAAGUGUUAAGAUGCUCUCAUAUCGCUGGCUUCAGACAAUGAUCUUCACAGUAAGGGAAAUCAACCAGGACCCAAACCUGUUGCCCAAUCUUACACUGGGCUACCUGGCUGUAGAUACUUGCCUGAUUGAAGGCAGCACCCUGAAUGCUGCAUUGUCACUGGUGACGGGGCAAGAUGAGGUUGUGUCUGGAGAAGAGUGUACCAGGGCUCCCACUGUGCCUGUCAUUAUUGGUGAUGCUCGCUCAGCUACCUCGAUAGUGCUGGCUGAUACUUUAGGAGUUUUUGGCAUCCCCAUGGUCAGCUAUUAUGCUUCCUGUGCAUGUCUCAGUGAUCGAAAAAGGUUCCCCACUUUCAUGCGCACUAUUCCCAGCAAUGCCUUCCAGGCUAAAGUCAUUGCCCGUCUACUGCGUCUGAUGGGCUGGUCCUGGGUGGGGGUUAUCUACGGAGAUGAUGCCUAUGGGGAAAGCAGUGCACAGCUGUUGAUGAAUGAAGUGAAAGGUUCAGACAUGUGCAUGGCCUAUAUGGAGAUUAUCCCCAAAUCCCACACGCUGAGCAAGAUCAGGCAAAUUGUAGAGGGGGUUCAGAGCUCCAAGGCUCAGGUGGUGGUGAUAUUUGCCAUUACUGCAGAUGCAGAGGCAUUGCUGAGAGAAGUAGUAAGAAGAAAUGUCACAGACAAGCAGUGGAUCGCUCCUACAGCCUGGAGUACCGCAGGCUACUAUGCUGCAUGGAGUGGCAUCUCAUUAGUGGGCACUAUUGGAAUAGCCAUAAGAAGCGUUGAGGUCAAAGGUCUGAGUUCUUAUGUGACUAACGUCAGCACAGGAAACUAUCCAACAGAGGAGUUGCAUCAAAAUGUUUGGGAGGAGGCAUUUGGGUGCAAGUUUGUCACAGACAGCCUGUCUGGUCUUUCAAAACUACAAUGCACAAACUUGGGAAAUGUCAAAGUACAAGCUGCUGAGUUUGAUGGCAUGUAUGCUGUUUAUAAGGCUGUGUAUGCUGUUGCACAUGCUAUUCAAGACAUGUUGAACUGUGAGCCGGGCAAAGGACCAUUUAAGAAUGGAGAGUGUCCUGAGAUAAAACCAAUAAUACCUGAACAGCUUCUGCACUACCUAAAGGCAGUAAGAUUCACAACAACAACAGGUGAAUUUGUCUAUUUUGACAACAAUGGGGAUCCAACUGGCUCAUAUGACAUUGUUAAUUGGCAAAUAGGGCCUGAUGGAAAAAUGGAGUUUGUCAAUGUUGGGAAUUUUGAUUCCUCGAGAGGACCAGAUAAAGAUCUUCAACUAAACAUAAAGAAUGUGGUCUGGGGAGGAGGCUGGGGUAACAAGGUGCCGGUGUCUGUGUGCAGUGAGAGCUGUCCCCUGGGUACCAGGAAGGCUGUGCAGAAGGGAAAGCCUAUCUGCUGCUUUGACUGCAUACCAUGUGCAGCAGGGGAGAUCAGCAAUACUUCUGGCUCCACAGAGUGUAUGAAGUGUCCUCAACGGUUCUGGUCAAACACUGAUCGGACAGAGUGCGUCCCAAUGAUAGUGGAGUUUUUGUCCUAUGAAGAUGACAUGGGCAUCAUCCUCGCUGCGCUGUCUGUUGCUGGGGCAGCACUUACUGGAACAGUCCUCACUGCCUUCUUUCGUCAUCGAGAUACACCCCUGGUCCGCGCCAAUAACUCAGAGCUGAGCUUCCUGCUGCUGCUCUCACUCAAACUCUGCUUCCUAUGUGCUCUGGCUUUCAUUGGCCGUCCAGCUCCUUGGUCCUGCAUGCUGCGUCAUACUCUGUUUGGGAUCAGUUUUGUGGUGUGUCUGGCCUGUGUGCUCAGUAAGACCGUGGUGGUUCUGGUUGCAUUCAGAGCAACUCUGCCUGGAUCAAACUUAAUGAAGUACUUUGGUCCUCUUCAGCAGAGAGCAGGUAUCUUCUUCUGUACGAUGGUGCAGGUGGGGAUCUGUGUGCUGUGGCUGGCACUGGCACCACCUCUACCCACAGAAACUGCAGGAGGUGAGCUUGGAGCCAGAGUGGUGUUACUCUGUGCAGUGGGGUCUGUGGUGGGCUUCUCUCUGGUGCUGGGCUACAUCGGCCUGCUGGCAGCCAUCUGCUUUCUGCUGGCCUUUUUUGCUCGGAAGCUUCCAGAUAAUUUCAAUGAGGCCAAAUUCAUCACCUUCAGCAUGCUGAUCUUCUGUGCUGUGUGGAUCACCUUUGUUCCAGCAUACGUCAGCUCUCCCGGCAGAUACACUGUGGCUGUGGAGGUCUUUGCUAUCCUGGCCUCAAGUUACGGACUUCUACUGUGCAUCUUUGCCCCAAAGUGUUACAUUAUCUUACUCAGACCAGAGAGGAAUACAAAGAAGAACAUGAUGGCCAAGUAGCUACAGUUAAGUAGGGGAUUUCUCACCUGAGAAUAUAAAAGUGAGAGAAUAUAUAUGUGAGACUGUAAAAAGAAUCCAUCCUACACAGAUAGCAUUUGUUCACCCUGUUUGUCCUUUCUAUUAGAAGCCUUUAUCUGCAUUUAAUAAGCAUCUAUUAAGAGUAAAAUUUCUAAUAGUUUUGUUCCAUUCCUUUAAUUCACAUGCGCUCAGUUCUGGUCCAAAAAGUCUACCACCCUGAAAAGUUCAGCUCCAAUCAACCCAGCCCCCUAAAUUCAGAUGCCAUUCUUCACUGUGUUCAUUCAGGUGUUCAAGCUAGAUUAGUAAUUGUAUUAGUUCCAUUCUGUGAAGUUUGGACACAAUUCCUCAUUUAACGAUUUAUACAAUUAAUUUUCUACAUUCUAGAUUAACAUAAAAGACAUGAAAACAUUUACAAAACACAUAUGGAAUUAUAAAGUAAACAAUAAGAAAAGUGUUUGUCCUCCACAAUACCCCGAUGUAAACCCAACUGAGCUGGUGAUUUGAUGAUUUGGGAUGAACUGGAGCUUCACAGUGUAAAGAAAAAGCAUCAACUAUUGUUCAGCACCUCCAGGAACUCCUUUAAGCGCUGAGAAAAAUAUUCCAGGGGACUCUACCUCAUGAAGACACUAAGAAAAUACUUAGAUGAGUCUAAAGUAUAAAACAUAUUCUGGUUUGUUAAACACCUUACAAAACAAUUCUGCAUAUGUUGCCUAAUAGCUUUGAUGUCAAUAUUAAAAUUACAAUGUAAAACAAUAUUAAAAAGAAAGAAAACACAUUCAAUGAGAAGAAGUGUGUCCAAACUUGACUAGUACUUUACAAACAAAAAACAACAUAAUGUUUAUACUUAUAUAUUUAUACAUAUUUAUAUAUUCUUUUUUAUUGUUUCAUGUGAGCAGGAUUUUUUUUACACAUU